GGAACUCCAUUGGCUGACCGUCUCGGAGCCGGGAGAUCUGAUUGGUUGAGGGCCGUGAGGCGACAUUCCGGAAAGGGGAAGAGCAGCCAAUAUGGCGGCGGAGCGCGGCUCGGGGCAGCAACAGUCGCAGGAGAUGAUGGAGGAACAUGGGCCUGUGAACUGGGCUGGUUUUCUUGGCCAAAUGGAUAGUGGAGCGUGGAUGAAGUUGACAGGCGGGUCGAAUCUGAAGAGUCGGGCGAUGAGGAGGGGAAGAAGCACACCAGUGGCAUCGUGGCAGACCUCAGUGAGCAGAGCCUGAAGGAUGGAGUGGAGCGGGGUGAGGAGGACCCAGAAGAGGAGCAUGAGCUGGCUGUGGACAUGGAAACCAUUAGCCUGGACCGAGAUGCAGAGGAUGUCGAUCUAAAUCACUACCGCAUUGGGAAAAUUGAAGGCUUUGAGGUGCUGAAGAAAGUGAAGACCCUCUGCCUCCGUCAGAACUUAAUUAAGUGCAUUGAGAACCUAGAGGAGCUACAGAGCCUUCGUGAGCUGGAUCUCUACGAUAACCAGAUCAAAAAGAUUGAGAACCUGGAGGCGCUGACCGAGUUGGAGAUUCUAGAUAUUUCUUUUAAUCUGCUGAGAAACAUUGAAGGGAUUGACCAGUUGACUCAGCUGAAAAAACUAUUCUUGGUCAACAAUAAAAUCAGUAAAAUUGAGAACAUAAGUAACUUACAUCAGCUGCAGAUGCUGGAGCUGGGAUCCAACCGCAUCCGGGCAAUUGAAAAUAUUGACACUUUAACCAACCUCGAGAGUUUGUUUUUGGGGAAAAACAAAAUUACUAAGCUUCAGAACCUGGAUGCCCUCACCAACCUGACAGUCCUCAGUAUGCAGAGCAACCGGCUGACAAAGAUCGAGGGUCUGCAGAACCUGGUGAACCUGCGGGAGCUGUACCUCAGCCACAAUGGCAUCGAGGUCAUCGAGGGUCUGGAAAACAAUAACAAACUUACGAUGUUGGACAUCGCAUCAAAUAGAAUAAAAAAGAUUGAGAAUAUCAGUCAUCUAACAGAGCUGCAGGAGUUCUGGAUGAACGACAACCUCCUGGAGAGCUGGAGUGACCUGGACGAGCUGAAGGGUGCCCGCAGUCUGGAGACUGUGUACCUGGAGCGCAACCCCCUACAGAAGGACCCGCAGUACCGGCGAAAGGUCAUGCUGGCCCUGCCAUCUGUUCGGCAGAUCGACGCCACCUUCGUCAGGUUCUGAAUCCACUGGCUCCUCACCUGGCCCCUCUCCUCACAAGAACUUCCCGGCCACGGUUUUUUAGUCCACCUGUUGCUCCUGGCAUCGUCAUUCUCAACAGUCACAACCCCACGGCAAUAAAAGGCACUG